UCAUUUGUUGUGGACGUACUUAGUCGGAGCUCCACUGCAAGUCCCAGUCAAUUUCUGGGCACCAAAGUGGUGUAUCCCUAAAGUGUGCGUGGCUUGAACCUUUCUAGCCGUUACUGGGUGUGGUGCUGUGUGUAAAGGUAAACGGCACCGAUAAUUGUGCUAAGCCUUGCACAACGUACACCGAGAGCUCUGUCCGAGAUGUGCUGAUUUUUUCACGUUCGUUACAAACACGUCACAUCGCUGGGGCAGUGCGUGUAUUGGAAAAGGGGUCCCCAAUAUCCUCAAGUGUAACUGUGCUCACUGAUUACAACAUUAGUUUCACAUCAGUAUGGUGAACAACUGCUAGCUGAUUCCUUUCUGCCGUAGAAAAUCGUCGUCAUCGAAGUGUGCUGUUUACUAUUUUCGCAGCAGAUGAAAAACAAACCCUAGACCAACGGUUUCACUCGCGAAAUUCUUUUUCUUUUCCGUCAAAGUUGAGCACACAGCACAAAGAAACAAGAGGUACCGCGUUGUGGUUUCUAUCGUAAACAUACUUUCUGACCGUUUGUGUCGUCUGCAAACCCGAGCGCAACAGCCACGUUACAAUAAACAAAAGAUUAUCUAUAAACGUUUUCCAUAUCGCUGAAGAAACCUUCCCCAAAGAGCACAGAAUGCAACGUUGGUGGUUUUUAGAGGAAAAUGGUGAGGCCAAAGAUUCACCUUCUUCGUCGUCGUCCCACGCUAAGCAGCAGGAUCCGACGGGAAAGAAGCAGAAGCAACCAAAACAAGCUGGCGAUCGCCGGCACACUUUUCGCGUCCUGGUCACGUACGAUCUGCUCAAGGAUGAAACCGUUGCCAUCAGUGGCAGUUGCGAAACACUCGGCAGCUGGGAUCCGCAGCAGUGUGUGCAACUUCAUCGGGAAAACGAAGGUGACAACAACAUAUGGUGCUUAGUAUCGGAACUUCCUCGUGAUGUGUCUGUAAAGUAUCGUUACCUGAUCUGCUCAGUCGAUCCAAGCAGCGAAAAUGUGCACGUACGUCGUUUCGAGACGCAUAUCGUGCCCCGGCAGGUUCCGGUGUGCUUGGACGAAGAGGAAACUCUUAGCACCCAGCAGCAGCAGCAGCAGCCAAAGAUCGAUACGCUGGGUGACAUCGAUGGAAAUAUCAAAUUGGACAAGGGUUGGCUGACGAGCGAAACAAUCUUCCAGUUUAAGUUCUUCGACAAUCCUUUUAUGCUGAAAGAGCGCGUCAAGAACCGGCUGUUGUAUGUGAAGAUUACACCGAUGAACUUACGCAUCAAUGCGGAAUCCCAAAACCUGUCAACGCUGCUUGAAGAGUCGCUCUCGAAUGACACGCGCGAGAAUGGCAUCGAGUCGAGCACGGCCUACUCCUUCAUCGAGGUUGCUUCGUUGCACAACCCGAACUCGACGUACGAACAGCAGUCGCAGUUCGGAUGCGCUUACUACAAGGAUGAUUUUCUCUUCUUCAACGUCACUGUUGCCGAACCGGAGAACGUGGCCUACCUGGUCGAUCUGUACACCUACAGCUCUCGCUCGAAGGAAGACGAACCACCGUACCAUCUCGGCUACCAUUACAUUCUACCAAACUUUCUGAAAAAGUCCGAGGGCAUCCUGGAGCUGCCGGUGACGUGCGCUAGCAAGCACCGACCGCUCGGUAUGAUGCGCAUUGAGUACCUGAAGGUAACGCCGCUCCUGCCCACCCGAUGCACUUUGGAGCGGUCCUACAUACGCUACUGGAACAAGCGCUGGACGGGGCUGGACGUAGGCCACCGUGGGUCCGGCACGAGCUUCAAGGCGAGCGAUGGUAACGUGAUCCGCGAGAAUACGAUCGCGUCGCUGAAGAAAGCGGUCGCACACGGGGCAGACAUGGUGGAGUUCGAUGUGCAGCUGAGCAAGGAUCUGGUUCCGGUGAUCUACCAUGAUUUCGACAUCUACGUUUCGCUGAAGCGAAAAACCACGUUCGAGACGAACGACAUGCUGGAGCUGCCGAUGCGCGAACUAACCCUCGAGCAACUCAGGACCCUAAAGGUUUACCAUGUCGUAGAGGGUCGAAACCGGGAGGCUAGAUUCUUCGACGAUGACCUCGUUGAACACCAACCAUUUCCACAGUUGGUGGAGGCACUCAACCAGAUCGAUCCGCACUGUGGCUUCAACAUCGAGGUCAAGUGGUCGCAGAAGCUGAAGAACGGUCGGAUGGAAUCGGAGCUGACGUUCGAUUCGAACCUGUACGUCGACUGCAUACUACGCGUUGUGUUGGAGCACGCCGCCGAUCGGCGGAUCGUGUUCUCGUGCUUCGAUGCGGACAUCUGUACGAUGCUGCGCCUGAAGCAAAACCUCUACCCGGUGAUGUUCCUCACGCUCGGCGUUACCAGCCGGUACCCGAGCUACCACGAUCCACGCUGCAACUCGAUCGAGAUGGCGGUCAGGAAUGCGUGCGCCACGGAGCUACUCGGAAUUGUGGCGCAUACGGAGGAUUUGUUGCGGGAUCAGACUCAAGUAAAUCUGGCCACGGAGAAGGGUCUGAUCAUCUUCUGCUGGGGUGACGACAAUAACUGCAAGGACACGAUCAAGCAUUUAAAAAGCCUGGGCAUCCACGCCAUCAUCUACGAUAAAAUGGACAUUUAUUCAGACAAGGCGGUGAAGGAAAGUGUAUUUCUGGUCGGGGCUCGGGAAUCUCAAGCCGCACUGCUGCAACAGAUCGACAUCGAGAACCGGUACGAGCAAACGAAUCAGCACGAGUUCAUGAACGAAAAGCAAACGGGGCGCAGUCUAGAGGACGCUGCCGCUAUGCCUGCCGGAUCUUCAGCCCUUUCCACUACGCCAUCGAUUUGAGCGUUACUGGUGUCCGGUCGUUACGGAAUUACGCGAUGACGUGAAAAUGAGAUUGGGGAAAUGCUUCCGUUUUUCACGUGUUUUAUGAUACGAUGGAUGGAGGCGCCAGUGUUUUUUUUGUUUUAUUCAAUUUAAAUUUCUAGUAGAUCGGCAGAAUAAAUUAUUGCUGGUGAUAAGGAUUGCGUAUAAGGAAGCUAUUGUAAUAAUAAUUGCGGGUAAAAUAUGGAAAAACGGCAAUAAUAGACCCGUGUGAAAAAAUGGUAUUUCGAAUUUAUUAACUACCAAAUGAUCGAGUGCCGUGUAGUUAUAGAGGCUUAAAAGAAAAACAACAAGAAUAGGACAACAACAAAAUAGGAUCUUUAAACAUUAGGACAAUUUUUUGUUUUGCCGUUUUGAAUAAUCAAUGCAAUGAUCACACUUUGCCUAAAUCACGAUAAUUAUAUAACGCGGGAUCACGAUAUAGAAGAAUUUCUUGGAAUCUAAAAACAUCUAUCGGUUGCAAUGAGAGCUAAAUAUGAGAUAGUAAUUGGGUCUUUAUGCAAUAAUUCCUCUUAAGCCUCAACGCCAGACUACAAUAAAAUAUAAUGGUUCCGUGCAAGCAAAUAUUUACAAUAGAAUGGAUCGUUUACAAAAUAGCAUAUUAAACGCGUUUACCUCUGGCUGAACGGCGAAUUGACCACGCGUCAGUUGUUGAUUGUGAAUUGUUGAGUGUUAGACCUUGUUUUACUCUACUGUUAAAGGUAAAAAAAGAUGGGAUAGAUAUUUUCCACUUUCAAUCAAAUCUUCAAUGAGGCUUCGUUUUUAAAUAUGCUUUACUGUUUUUGUACUGUUUGAUGAAUAAUUUCAUUGACCAAAUAAAUUACAAUACUCACU